AGUGGUUUCACUGUAUUCAUGCAAAUUCCAAGAAAAAGGAAGUUUUCUACGACUGGUUUUUAUUCAUAGUUCUAUCUCUAUCUUACACCAGAAAUUCAGCGGACUGGCUAUUUUGCAAGGAACUGAAAGCUGGGACAGAGAUCAGUCAAUAGAGGUUGCAGAGAGGGCGAUUUUUAGUCUUUCUUAAAGGUAUAUUUGUUAUAAUCUCCUCGUUAGUAAAAAAUGAGGAUUUUAACAAGAACGGUUCAAUUGAUUCGCAAGAACUUGGUUUAUGCUGUGCUUCUUUACUUUUGCCUUCUUAUAUUUGAUUACUGGCUUGUUAAGACGCAAUUCCCUACAUCUUCCAAUUCAAAGUUAGCUUACCUUCAAACACCAAUUGAGGAUGUUCGCAUCGUCGAAUGCGGGCUUUUCUCUCCCUUUUGCAGACCUGUACUUUCCUUUUGGCGAUGGGAUCGCUCUAGCCAUAAUUUGUAUCGAUCAUGGCUUCCUUGGAAACGGGCGUACGUGUUCGUAAAAAGGCCUAGCAGGUAUAUUGCUGGUGUGACACCAACCGUCGAAAAUUUAAUGAUCGACCAUCAAUUGAUGAAAGGAAAGAAACAUAACCUUCAUAUUCAAUACGGUCCAAAUGGGGACGUAUGUGAUGUGGAAGGUUUAUUCGGUACUGAUGCCAGCGAAGUACGAAGAGGAUGGAGUCCAGUGCAAUCACAGUUUCUUUACCUAGGUCGUCCAAUUUUGCUGACCCAACGAUUUUGCUCGUAUCCCCUUGUUCCAGCUAUUGAAGAUCUUAAGAAGAACGAACCCGCAUUUGUAGAUGUGCCCUUUGACGAUAGGAGGGAAACGUUGAAGAUCUUGCAGUUAUCAGACUUGCAUUAUGCGACUGACCGUACAAAAUGUCGAGAUUCGUAUCCUCCAGAACGUCCCACAGACUGUAUGGCAGACGCAACGACUCAUGCUUUUGUUACGGAUAUUUUAAAACGAGAAUCUCCAGAUCUUGUCCUCUUUACAGGGGACUUGAUUACUGGUGACGCGGUGGACGAUUCCAAAACGUCUCUUAUGAAAGCAUUGGCUUCCGUAGUAGAUUACGAUAUACCGUUCGCUGUUACUUAUGGAAAUCAUGACAGUUUAGGAGAUUUGGCUAAUGAUGAGAUGGCUCAAAUUGUUCACCAGGUCCCUGGAAAUAUCGGACUAAUGGGAAAUAUUUCUGGGGUUGGGAACUUCGUUUUGCGAAGCCCAAAAAGAUUUUCUAUAUACGUACUAGACUCACAUGCAGGAACUACAAAUGGUCGGGCUUGUCCCGUGUAUGAUGCUAUCAAGAAAGACCAACUUGCUUGGUUGCGAUCAAAAAAGACAGAAUUUCAAAACGAUCCUAUUCAAAUGGUAUUUUUUCAUAUACCAUUAAAAGAAUUUUGCGAAGUGGAGGACAUGGUCGGAUCAUAUCGAGAGAAAUGUUCCUCAUCCUAUUGUGAUCCAGGGACAGCAAGGACGUUAAGCGAAUUGCAAAUUCCUGUGGCUGUAGCCGGUCAUGAUCAUGUAAAUGACUUCUGUGGAAUUCAUACGACUUACAAGGUAAGAUUCUGUAUGGCAGGAAGCACUGGGUUUGGCGGUUACGGUGGACAUGGCGGAUAUAUUCGACGUGCCAGACUAUGGGAAUUAAACCCUUCGAAACGGACAAUUCGCACCUGGAAGCGUUUGGAAUGGCCUCCAGAAGAUAGGUCAAAGAUAUUUGAUGAACAGACCUUUGAUGUGUAGUGAAUAUUGUGGCACUUCUUUCUUUUUACCCAUUUUCAUUCGGUUUUUUAUUUAUUAGAUUCACUCAGCGAUAAUUUGCUUUUUGACAGUGAUAGAGUAACGUUAUAUAAACUAUCAGCUAUAGGUUAAAAACAGAGGAAAGUCAUGUGUUCAUUUGUACUGUAAACAAUCAUUUUUUAGACCGGUAUUAACCGAAUAAUCAAAUUGAGGUAUACUGAGUUUAUUAUUUUCUAUAUCGAAGAAAAAUCUAAGGAAACAUAAAAUUUCUGAAAAAGAAAUAGACAUAACAAGGAAGCAGCUUAAGCUUGAAGCUUUUCCUUCAAAA